AGGUAGAGUUCAGAGGGCAGCUUCUGCGUCCCACGAGGCGGUCUGGCACGCGUCCUUUAGGUUCAAGUCAGCGUACGCGUCGUCUCUCUCGCCUUGGUCUCGAUAAGGGCUGUUCAGCACUGUAGAGCCCGCGUCUUGAUCGUGGAGAGUCAUCGCGUUCUGUCUAGUGGCCAAGGGAUUUGAUCGAUACGAUGGUGACCGACUGCGUACGCUGCAAGGAGCAUUUCGACAGCCCAGGGGCCCUCGCAGAUCACCUGGGCACUUCCAAGGCCCACAACGUCUGUCGUACUUGCGUGAUGGACUUCCCUCUUCGACUGCACCUCGUGCAGCAUUUCUUGUUCAGCCCCCUUCACAAUUACUGCCAGCGCUGCGACAAUCACUUUGACUCUCCUGCGGAGCUAGUACGCCAUUUCGAAAGUGAACACAGCCAAUGUCUUAUGUGCGGACUGUGCUUUGCGACUCCGAACGAUCUCAACGAGCACUAUCACCACACGCAUUGGACUUGCAUCGAGUGCAGAAUCGUAUCCGCCACACCCGACGCGUUCGACGCACAUUGCCGGGAGACGCAUUGGUACUGCGCCGACUGCAAGCGCGUCUUCAAGGACGGCGACAGCCUCAGGGCGCACUACGAGUCCAACAUCCAUAAGGGCCGUAAGGUCCAUUGCCCAGGCGUUAAGUGCUCGAAGGACUUCGUGUCGAGUUCGGCCCUCAUUCAACACCUCGAGUCGGGCGGAUGCACCUCCAAGAUGACGAGGCACGACGUGAAGAAGCUCGCCGUCCAAAUGGACAAAGAGAACAUCAUUACGGACGCCGCCCGCUUGCUCACUGGACCAGGGGGUAGUAGCGUCCCGCGUAUGACUACUACCUCUUGGGCCACGGAGCUCUCGAAGAACCCUCGGACGGGGCUGUACGAAUGCGUGAUCUGCCACGCGGGCUUUAAGAAGCUGACUUCUCUCAACAAUCACCUGCAAAGCCCCGUCCACGACGAGAAGAUAUACCGCUGCCCGCAGACCUGGCAGGGGUGCGGUGUGGAAUUCAAUACCCUCGGCGCCCUCUGCCAGCACGUGGAGAAGGGGAACUGCGGGGUGCACAAGUUUAACAAUACUUUGCAGAAGUACGUCGGUUCGUUGGCGGACGGAAUGAAGAGGCUCGCCCUCUGAGAAGGCAAGGGUGGCUCUUCGCGUGUGCGUGUCGAUACACGCGGGGGACGGUCUUGUGUUCUCGGAUGACAUGUCGGAAUACUCGUAGGUUGUACAAGUUGCUCUCUUUCUUGCUCUUUCUUGCUUUGUGACACAAUGCUCUGUAGUAGUCAUACUGUUUUCAUCAUGACUGAAUCGUGGGUGUUGAUCCUGUACUACUACAUGCUACCUCUGAUGUGCGGCAAACGUCCUCUGUUGUUACAUGGUCUGUACGAUACAUUACAAGCGACAAACAAAACUACAAUCAUACUCUCUAGUGGGCCGGAGAUACCCAUCAGUUCAUCAGUAACCUGUAGCCUAGCAUCCGCCACAGCCUCCUCCCCCUCCUCCGCCGCCACCACCG